UGAAAAUGCAGAUGACCUGUCUGACCAAACAAAAGAUGAAUCAUCCAUUCGAAUUUACAAAAAAUUCACAAUCUUAUCCAUGUCAGUAGAUCUUGUUACCCCACCACUCGUUAACAAUGUUAUAGAAAUAAUAAUACAGUACCGAGUAGAGUCAACCUUUAAAGCAGUGCAAGAGGGUGAAUUCACACAAGAGGAUG